UGGCAGCGACGCAAGCAUUGCAGUUGCUAAAAUGUUUAGCAAAGCGCAUUUCUUUCGUUUUUGACAGGAUUAUGCAUGGUGACUCCUGCGCUAACGCUCUGUCGUUCACUCUCUCUCGCUCUCGCUCUCGAUAUCGUCAAGCAAAAUAUAUAUAUGUGUGUGUGAAUGUGUUGCGUAAGCUAGUGGAAAUAGUGAACUGAGAUCAGACGCCCCCACACAUGUAAGCAAAACAAAACAAAAUAAACAAGAGCACUAAAAAAGACCGUUUAGGGAAUUUGCAAGUGUGAGCGAGGGCCGCACUGUUAAGAUUCGUAAAGAAAGGCGCAAACAUGGCAAAACAAAUGAAAUUUCUACGCUAAUUCGCGUAUUCACAUUCUUUUGUAUUUAGGGCCUCAUUUUAUAUUUGCAGUCGGGAAAAGAACGAGGUGUUGCGCAGGAAAUGUCAAUCUGUUUUUAUUCAAUUUCCUAUGCCGUGAAACGAAAUAGAAUAGCUGGAAACAGAAAGAGCGAGAGAGAGAGAGAGAGAGAACGCCACGACGCAGAACCAAAUUGAAGGCAAACGGAACACAUUUAUUCACUUCGACUAUGCACAGCUCGCUGUGAGGAAGGAAAGUCCAAAUUUUCGAGAGCCAAGCCAAAAUGCGAAACAUCAGAAAUCUUAAAGAUCCCACAGGUGUGGUGCUGUUCUGGCUACUGUGGUUGCUCUGCUGCACCACAACGGGCAUAGCGACGGCAUUGCCAAAGGUCGGCUGCACCGAGCACGACACCACAAUCACCUGCGACUGCAACAACGAUGAGCAGCCGAUGGUGCUGCCACAGCUGCAUGGCGCCGUUUUUCAGGUGGAAAUACGCAACUGUCGCGAUUUGACUGUGGAGCCAAACGCUUUGGAUGACACCGAAGGUCUGCGCAAGAUUAGUUUCAAGCAGCUGCAGCGUCUGGUGCUGCAGCAGAAUGCAUUAAGCGUGCCCCGCGAUGCCAGCAACAAGGCGCUGAUUGUCGAGUUCGAGGACGUCAACUUUCAGUUGAUCGACUCACUUGCGAUCAGCGGCAACAUCGAAGAGAUCUCGUUCACACGUGGACGCAUCGAGCAAAUGCAUCCAUUCGGCUUCACUACCAUCAAGGAUACAGCCAUCUUGCUAAAACUGGACGGCGUCACCGUGCAGCGCAUCGAGAGUCAGGCCUUCAAAAAAUUUGCCGUGGAGAAGCUAACAAUAACCAAUUGCAAUUUUAUUGGGGACUUGCCGACGCGCGCCUUCUACGAGCUGGAGGUGAGCAACGAGUUGGCGAUGCGCAACAAUCAGUUCCAGGAGGUACACUCGCACGCCUUCUCCUUCAAGCUCAUCUCCAAGCUGAGCCUGAGCGAGAAUCGUUUUGCGGCCAUCGAUGGCGAGUGGCUGGAGGCAUACAUAAAGGACGCGGUUACGGUGCGCGGCAAUCAGUUUGGCGCCACCAGCGAGAUAGCCUUUCGCAGCCUGGGCGUUCAUCGCGACUAUCAGCUGAGCGAGCGGCUGGAGCUGCGCUUCCAUAACAACACGGUACAGAGUUUGCCGUCGACUGGCAAGGCAACUGGUGCCGCGGCCCAGCCACUGCGCUUCGAUGAGCGUUUCGCUCUGAGCAUACGGCAGCUGAGAUACGAGAAUACCUGGAGCUGUGAUCUGGUGGAUAUGAACGCUCAGCCGCCGCAGCCGCGUGCUGAAUUCUUUCGCCUGCACAGCGAGCAGUUAACGUUCCGCGCUUUCGCUGCCCAGCCACAGAUGGCGCCAGCACCAUUUGUGCCACUGCGGCAGCUAAUCAGCGAGCAGUGCCAAAAGACUAGCUAUACGGCGUACAUUGUGGCGGGCAGCGUACUGCUGGUAUUGCUGUUGUUGCUGCUGCUACUGAUGGGGUGGUGCGUGGCGCAGCGGCGUCGAAGACGCAAGCUGGAUGUGGUGCAGCCAGAGCCGCGCACCUACAAAGAGACGCAAAUUGUAUACCAAAUCGAGAACGCUGGCCUGCUCAAGACUGAUUUGUAAAGUUACAAGCCAUACACACACAUUCACACAUAAUUCAACACACACAGCUGAAAGACGCUAGCUUAAGCGGAGCGGCAACACCACAACCACCACCACCACCACCAAGAACCACCAAGAGUGACCUUUUGUUGUACCAAAUUAUUAGCGUACGUUUAGUUUGUAACGUUUAACAUAAUCUAAAUAAUCCUAUCUAUAAUGUUAUAUCUAUGUUAAUCCCUGAAUCAUACAAGCUGUAUAUAGAAAAUGCGAUUCACUUUAAAAUAUAAAGAAAGAAGUCAAUCUCAUUGUAAUGUGAACCCAAUCUACAGUCUAAGCAGCCGUACUGAUAAAUUGUUAACUAACCUAAACAUGAUGUUAAGAUUCGUAUGAAACUAGAUUGUAAAAUGGGGUUAUGUUAAUUAUAUAUGUUAUAUAUUCAAUUGAUAUGCUGAAAAAGACACAGUCGCAGAGCAUAUUUGAAGAGAAAUUUUCGAAUCAGAAAUAUUUAGAAAGAUGCUCUUCAGACACCUAUUAUUAUAUGAUUUAUAUAAUUUUGGAAGACAGUGAAAGACGAUAAUA